AUGCCGGGAGUGACAGAUACCCGCAAGUCCGUUUUGAUCACCGGGUGCUCGCCGGGUGGCAUCGGGAAUGCCCUCGCGCGAGAGUUCCAUCGUAAUGGAUUACGCGUACUGGCGUCCGCCCGAACGGCGGACGCGAUAUCUGACUUGGCUGAACUUGGAAUUGAAACUCUCACCCUCGUCGUCGAUGAUCCGGAGAGCAUCAAGGCUUGCCAUGCGGAGAUCGAGUCACGCCUGGGCGAUAAGGGUCUUGAUUACCUGGUCAACAAUGCCGGUCGCAACUUGACGGUUCCUGCACUGGAAGUCGACCUGACAGAGGCUCGCCAGACAUUCGAGACUAAUUUCUUUGCCGUCAUCGCGAUAUGCCAGACGUUUGCCCCUCUCUUGAUCAAGGCUAAGGGGACGAUCGUGCAGAUUGGCUCAGUCACCGCUGUUCUUCCUUAUGUCUUUGGGUCGGUCUACAACGCGUCCAAAGCAGCACUACAUGCUUUCAGCGACUCGCUUCGGAUCGAACUAGCACCCUACGGAGUCAAAGUCACUACCAUUGUCACCGGGGGUAUCAAAUCUCGCAUUGCACGCACCGAGCGUACAUUGAAGGCAGACUCUCUUUACGCAGACAUCGAAGAUUCCUAUCAACGCCGGGUCGUGCAUAGCCAAGCCGGCUCCUGGACGAGUGAAGAGUACGCCCGAAAGGUGGUGCCCGAAAUUCUCUGGGGAUCUGCUCCAUGGCGAUGGCUAUGGCCUUGGGCACAAGGAAACAAGCAUUAUAUCUGGGCAGGCCGUGGGGCUUGGCUGAUAUACAUAUUGUCUGGCGGGUUUACCUGGUUUGGCCUUAUGGGGUGGUAUAUGAGCAAGGCGUUCAAGCUGAACCAAAUCAGACGUAGCUAG